CGUUCUCUGAAGGGGCUUUACUUAAAGUGACACCACUGUUUUGUUUAUACAAAAACAUGAGCCCUCCUCCUUUCUUGUCCUUUUGUUUUCUCAUGCUCUCUAUCUUGAUCAAGUUCUUGUCAAUCUCAAGUUUAUCAUAUCUCUGGUGGGUCUCAGUAAUACAUAAGAUGUCACAACUGUAGGCUAACAAUUCUUCUAGUUCUGCCAGCUUUUGCUUUGUUAAUCCUUGUAUGUUAAUGAGAUUCAAUUUGUAAACCUUUCUACUUUCUUGGUUGUCGGUCUUCGACCCCUUGUUUGUUGUUUGUUUCCUGUACCUUCCAUCCUUGCUUUCUUUCUUUCUUACUGUGUUACUUUGUUUCCCUUCCUUUCGACAACCCUCCCCCGAGAAAUGACAUGGGUUUCUCGCCCUUUCUUGAGCCACUCCUCUCUCAGUCUUCUCUGCUUCUCCCUUUCUUCGGGAGGUAGGUCCCUUGUAAUGUAGGUAUUUUCUAUGCCUUUGCUCUUGAGAUCAAACCUCCUUUUGUACAGAAGCUCCACGUGCUCCUUUGAUCUCAGCUUCAGCAGGAGUAUUCUUGGUUUCGUUUUCUGGUUCUGAUUUGCGUUUCUUUCAUCUUCUUUCUCCGUUGUAGGUUUUUGCCUCAAUCUGACAAUCUUCUGAAUUUCAAAGUCUCGCACUCCCAGAGCAUCUGCUAUUUCUUUGAACUUCACUAUGUCUUCCUGUUUUUUGUCUUCUCCUUUCUCUGCUUUACUCUCUGGGAGAUUGUGUAUCAGCACAUUUGUUGCCCUUUCUUCCAACUCCUUGUUCUGUAUCACUCUUUUGAUACCUUCAGAGUUACCCUUAAUGACUUCUUGUUGUUCUUUUAUUUCUUCUACCACUUUUGUGACAUCUGCAUACGUCUUCCUGAUCUCCGUCUUCUUCUCCGUUUCCCUGCUCUUCAUUUCCUCUACACACUGUAUCAUUGCUUCGUUCUGCUCUUGCAAUGUGGAAAUAUUGCGCCCUUGAAACUCUCCUACUUCUCUAAUGGCUUGUUCAUUUUCGAUUGCUGACUUCCUUAUUAUUCUUGUUUGGUCUUUUAGCGCCUCUGCCAACUGAUCGAUUUUGGCUUCCAACUUGCUGUACUCAGUUUCUGAGUGUGGAUACUUCCUGUUCUUUAACUCGUUUCUGCAGGCUUUGCACAUCCAUGCCAGUGUGUCAGGGUGUUCCUGGAGUGCUUUGUAUGCUUCCGUAUGUAUCUCCUGACAUGCUGCGUGGAACCAACGAUGACAAAGGUCACAUUCCACUCCCUCAUCUUCGUAGCCAACUGGAAGACCACAUUUGUGCCCAGGCCCUCCCUUGCAUAUUGCCUCCUUACUCAGGUCAACUGAUGAUCUGUGUGCUGGUUCAAAAGCCUCAAAGACACUGUUGUCUAGUUUUCCAAUGGCUUUCUCUGUUUCCAUUUUCUUGCUCAUUACUACUCGUCUUUCUUUGUCUUCUGCCCUGGCCAUUUUUCCCUUCUCCGCCCUCUCUGCAUCUCUCUUACCUUUCCCUUUGUCCGCGAUCUGUCUUGUUGUAGGUGUUUUCCUGCUAUUUGUCGGUGAGAUUCCUGGCCCCAUUUCGUGUUUAUAGUUGUGUGUAUAAUCAAGAUCAAGAUUCAAAGCUAUGUUCACAGCCCCGAUUUUUCCUCAAGCCAAGCCCGCAAGCAACUUGCCUAGCAAUUCGCAUGCAGCAUGCUCCGAGGCCCGAUGCACAUCCACCUCACACCCACAUCAGCUUGCAAGGCGCCUGCAUGCACACAGACACGUGCUGUUAUAUACAGGGUUUUUUUUUACACCUUUACCUUGAAUGAUAGGUAGGCGUCUUCCUUCUCCCACUUAACACAUGCAAUACAAUCCUCAUGUGCCGCGCCACAAUUGCCUCAGUUUGCUGUGCCGAGUCCGACAGCUUCUCUCGCUUUCAGGAAGGAGAUCCCGAGAGAAAUGGACUGGUAAAUGACGUUCCUCACAGAUUAUCGCUGUCAUUUGAGGAGCCAUCUGAAGACAUUGUGCUUGUGUCUGCGGGUAGCAUGGUGCUGCAGACCACUGCCGUGCAGGUGACUCGGCUGGCUCAUGAACUGCAGGUGCAGGAAGUCAGUGGCCACCAGCUGACUGAUCUCUGUCCUGGCCUGAGGCUGAAGCAGGCUACCGCAACAAGACUGGAUGCCAAAGAUAAGGUGCUGCACCUCUCAGACGGCAGCUCGGUCCGGUACGGCCGGCUGUGUAUCUGUACCGGCGGCCGGCCGCGGCUGCCGCUUCCCGACCACCCGGCAGUGAUCGGGAUCAGAGACGGCCACUCAGUGGACGAGCUGGUGCGGCGACUCGGCCCGGCGCGGCGCGUGCUCAUCGUCGGCAACGGCGGCAUCGCCUCCGAACUCGUUUUCACUCUGAAGGACGUGGACGUGACCUGGGUGAUCCGGGACGGCUCCAUCUCGGCCACAUUCGUCGACCCGGGUGCCGCCGAGUUUCUGCUGCCCCGACUGGAGAGCCGCGACCAGCAGCCGGCCGCAGCGGACGCCACUGUCGCCGUUCCGGCGCCGCCCUCCAAAAGAUGGCGCUACCACGCGUCCGACCCGCCGUCGUCUGAGGGAGGCCAGGGCGACCCCUCAGUGCCGGGUAGCGCUCUGGGUCCAGACUGGCUGCAGCGACUACAGGCCCGCGGAGCCGGCAAAGGCAGGGUCACUGUGAAGUAUAAAACGGAGCUGAGGCGACUGGUGGACCGGCCGAAUGACCCGAACGACUCAGAACAGUGGCCAGUCUAUGCGGAGCUCACGAGUGGCGAGACGAUCGGCUGUGACUUUAUCGUGUCGGCCACCGGUGUGCUGCCCAACACAGAGCCCUUCACAGAAGGCACGUCGCUCCGGCUAGCCGCGGACGGCGGUAUUCUGGUGGACGACCACAUGCGGACACAUGAGACGGACGUGUACGCCGCCGGGGACGCCUGCUCGCCUGACUGGGAGCUGGCGCCGCACUGGUUCCAGAUGCGUCUGUGGAGCCAGGCGCGUCAGAUGGGACUGUACGCGGCCAAAUGUAUGUCCGCCGACCGGCUGGGCGUGCCGCUGCUGCAGGACUUCUGUUUCGAGAUGUUCGCCCACGUCACCCGGCUGCUGGGCCACAAGUUGAUCCUACUCGGGCUGUUCAACGGACAGCGGCUGGGAACGGACUACACGGCGCUCAUCAGGAUGACGCCAGGUGUGGAGUUUAUCAAGGUGGUUCUGCGUGAUGGGAAGGUGCAGGGCGCUCUCCUACUGGGCGACACGGACCUGGAGGAAACGUUCGAGAACCUGAUCCUCUCCCAGAUGGACGUCAGCCACCUGGGGGAUGACCUGCUCUCGCCAGAUGUCGAUAUUGAGGACUACUUCGACUGAGUUCAGAUCGACUCAAGUCAACAUUGAUGACUUUUCCGCCAACUUCCGCCAAGGGAUAGUCCUCAUUUCGUUUGGGCUAAUCGUUGUUGCUGAGUAAGAUCGGGUGACGCGUGACCGCUGUUAUUUUUCAACUGGGACAAGACAUCACUGUGUACUUAUUAUAGGUCAAUGUCACUGUGCUUUUGAUUGUUUUUUU